AUGUUCAAAGGGCCAGUGGAGAGCAAAAACGAAGCAGCCAUGUCUGAGCUGGUCCCAGAGCCGCGACAAAAACCAGUCGUACCGAUGAAACCCAUGGGCAUUAACGCCAACUUGCUGGGCUACAUCGGUAUUGACACCAUCAUUGAGCAGAUGCGCAAGAAAACCAUGAAGACAGGUUUCGACUUCAACAUCAUGGUUGUAGGUCAGAGUGGACUGGGAAAGUCGACAUUGGUGAACACCCUCUUCAAAUCCCAGGUGAGCCGUAAAUCUUCGGGCUGGAACCGGGAGGAGAAGAUCCCCAAGACAGUGGAGAUCAAAGCCAUCGGACAUGUCAUUGAAGAAGGUGGUGUCAAAAUGAAGCUGACAGUGAUCGACACCCCAGGAUUUGGGGACCAGAUCAACAACGAGAACUGCUGGGAGCCUAUUGAGAAAUACAUCAACGAGCAAUAUGAAAAAUUUUUGAAAGAGGAGGUGAAUAUUGCAAGGAAGAAACGAAUUCCAGACACGCGAGUGCACUGCUGCCUCUACUUCAUCUCUCCCACGGGCCACUCCCUGCGGCCUUUGGACCUGGAGUUCAUGAAACAUCUCAGCAAGGUAGUGAACAUCAUCCCGGUUAUUGCCAAGGCUGACACCAUGACCUUGGAGGAGAAGACCGAGUUCAAACAAAGAGUGCGCAAAGAGCUAGAAGUAAAUGGGAUCGAGUUUUACCCCCAGAAAGAGUUCGAUGAGGACUUGGAGGAUAAAACAGAGAACGACAAAAUCAGGCAGGAAAGCAUGCCCUUCGCAGUAGUGGGCAGCGACAAGGAGUACCAAGUGAACGGCAAAAGAGUCCUGGGCAGAAAAACACCUUGGGGAAUCAUUGAAGUGGAAAACCUCACUCACUGUGAAUUUGCCCUACUUCGAGAUUUUGUCAUCAGGACCCACCUUCAGGACCUAAAAGAAGUGACCCACAACAUCCACUAUGAGACCUACAGGGCCAAGCGGCUGAAUGACAACGGAGGGCUGCCCCCCAUGACUGUCGGGACAGAGGAAAACCCCUAA